AAGCUCACCUGUUGUUGUUCGCCAUGUCGGAGCCCAGGAAGAGACCCCGGGUCAGUCAUGACAGCACCGCCAAUCAGACCUCCAGUCAGCGCGGAGCCAACAUGCUGCCUGGCAGUCAGCGGCCCGGAGCUGAAGAAGGGGAGCAUUUUGUGGAGGGGUCCAUCCUCCGCAUCACCAUGAAAAACUUCCUGACCUAUGACUACUCUGUGGUGUAUCCUGGACCUAACCUGAACAUGAUUGUUGGAGCCAAUGGAACUGGCAAGUCCAGCAUUGUGUGUGCCAUCUGUCUGGGUCUGGCUGGCAAAACUGCUAUCCUGGGCAGAGGGGACAAGGUUGGCCUCUAUGUGAAACGCGGCCGCACUAAAGGAUCUAUUGAGAUUGAACUGCACAAGAACGAUGGAAAUGUAAUAAUUAACAGAGAGAUCCAUGUGGAGAAUAACCAGUCUCUCUGGAUGCUGAAUGGACGACACUGCAACCAGAAAGCAGUGGAAGAGGAGGUCAAAGCUCUCUGUAUCCAAGUCAGCAACCUUUGCCAGUUUCUGCCUCAGGAAAAAGUGGGAGAGUUUGCCAAGAUGUCCAAAAUUGAGUUGCUGGAGGCAACUGAGAAGUCAGUGGGGCCACCAGAGAUGUAUGAAUACCACUGUGAGCUCAAAAACUUCCGCAAGAAAGAGCGAGAACUGGAGAACGUUGUGAAGGAGAAGGCCAGCUUCUUAGAGAAGGCCAAGCAGAGGAACGAGAGGAACAAACAUGAUGUGAACCGUUACUAUGAAAAGAAGAGACAUCUGGACGUGAUUGAGUUGCUGGGGAAGAAGAAACCAUGGGUGGAGUAUGAGACCACCCGUAAGGAGCUUGAGGGAGUGAAGAAGGAGCGAGACGAGGCCAAAAGGCAGCUUUCUGCCCUGAAGCAGGCCCAGGCGCCCAUGCUGAGAAAGAUCCAGCUGAUUGAAAACCAGCUGAAGCCCACUGAGGCACAAAUAAAGGCAAAGACUACUGCCAUUAAAGAAGCGUCUCUGAUGUGCAAACAGAAACAAGAUCAGUUGGAUCGAAAACACAAAGAGAUCGAAGAUAUUAAACAAAGGCUGAGACUGAAGCAGAUGGAGAAGGAAGACCACCAGAAGCGAAUCAACAACACCAGACGGACCAUUGAAGACUUGAAGGCAGAGCUCGGCAAAAUUGGUGACCAACCAGAUGUCACACCGAGGAUCAAUGCCGUCAAUGUCGAGCUGAGGCGCAUCCAGGAAGAGAGGGCCAAGAUCGAAGGAGAGAAGGCCGACCUACGCAGGGAGAAGGACAACCUCUGUGCUGAGUCCAGAAUGUUGGAGAAAAAGCUCAGAGACAUGAACAACAUGAUGAAUGCCAAAGAGGAAAAGCUGCGGGGACGCCACAGAGACACACACACCGCCCUGCAGUGGCUCAGGCAGAACAAACAUAUGUUUGAAGGAAACGUCCAUGAGCCCAUGAUGCUUGUGAUCAAUGUAAAAGAUCCUCGAUAUGCCAAGUACGUUGAGAACCACAUCUCAUUCCAUGACCUGCGGGCGUUUGUUUUCCAGAAGAAAGAGGACAUGGAGAAGUUCAUGGUCGAGGUCCGUGACAAGAAGAACUUGAGGGUGAACUCCAUUUCUGCUCCAGAGGACUCGUGUUCUGGGCGACCUCCAUCCCGAAACGUCGAGUCAUUGAAACGUUUCGGGUUUUUCACCUACCUCCGUGAGAUGUUUGAUGCCCCUGACGAGGUGAUGAGUUACCUCUGUCACCAGUACAGGGUACAUGAUGUCCCAGUGGGCAAUGAGAAAACCAAAUCCAUGAUAAAAACGGUGAUCGAGGAGCCUUACCUCAAGGUUUUUUACACAACAGAGGAGAGAUACACUUUGAAGAGGUCCUUUUACUCCAACAAGAUAAGCACCAGUAACUCUGCAGUGCACAAUUCCCAGUACCUCACCAUCACUGUGGAUGCUGUGGAGAAGCAGAAGCUGGAGCAGCAGAUGAAGGACUGUGAAUUAAAGUUACGAGAGAUCGAUGAGCGGAUGAAGGCUCUGCAGAAGCAAGCCAGCACAUUGGAUCGCAGUGAAAACGAAUUGCUGGCAGAGAAGAAGAAGCUAUCCGAGCUAAAGGGCAAAAAGAGGCAACUGGAGCAGAAAAUCAGUACCAAAGAGGACAGUUUGAAGCAGAUGGAGCAGAGUGGCAUUGACCUGAGGAAAAUUGAAGAGGAGACUAAAGUGAAAAUUGCAGCUAUCAACUCUGAUAAGGUGUCCAUAGUCGCUGCAUUCAUGGCCCAGAUGAAGCUGAGAGCCAAGCUGACUAUGGAGAAAGUGUACCUGGCUCUGGAGACGGUGGGGCUUACAGCUGAGAAGACCAAACUGGAGAACGAUUGUAGAGAAGGCGCUUCUGAACUCAAAACCACUGAUCAAAAAUGCGGUCGUCUCGAGCACAGGAAGGUCCAGCUGACAGAACAAUGCAAAGGCCUGUUGAAGACAGCGAAGUCAAUUUGUAGGAUGCAGUCUGAUGAGACAUUACCUGAAGACCUGCGUAAUGCUUUCAGCAACCUGCCUGACACGCUGGAUGAGCUCGAUGCCAUGCUGAAUGAAGAGCGGGCCAGAGCCGAGUGCUUCACAGGCCUCAGUGAAAGUGUUGUUGACGAGUACAACAGAAGAGAACAGGAGAUCAAACAUCUAGAGAAGGAGCUGGAAGACAAGAACAAUGCCCUGAAUGACUACAGACAGAACAUAUCAGAGGCUAAGGAACGCUGGCUAAACCCUCUGAAGCAGCUGGUGGAACAGAUCAAUGUCAAGUUCAGUGAUUUCUUCCGCUCCAUGCAGUGUGCAGGAGAGGUUGAUCUGCACUCAGAGAAUGAGGAGGAAUAUGACAAGUAUGGGAUCCGCAUUCGGGUUAAGUUUCACAGCAGCACUCAACUUCACGAGCUGACGGCCUACCAUCAGAGUGGAGGAGAGCGCAGUGUCUCCACCAUGCUGUACCUCAUGGCCCUGCAGGAGCUCAACCGCUGCCCCUUCAGAGUGGUGGAUGAGAUCAACCAGGGAAUGGAUCCUAUCAAUGAAAGAAGAGUCUUUGACAUCGUCGUCCAAACAGCCUGCAAAGAGACAACAUCCCAGUACUUCUUCAUAACUCCCAAAUUGCUGCAGAAUCUUCAGUAUGCUGAUGAGAUGACGGUUCUCUGCGUCCAUAACGGCUCACACAUGCUUCCCCCCAGCAAAUGGGACGAGAAGGCUUUCGUCAGAAAGUGCCUCCAAAGAAAAGCCAGAGCAUGAAUCCACCAUCCCAACCUGACUUGCCUCAUCUCAAUUAGUUUCCCGUUCAGUGACUUCAAAAUAUCCAUCAAGUGAAACUGACAAUUCAUCAUUUACGGGAAAGAAUUUCUUCUUAAGCUGUUUUAUUUCUGGAAGAAUGCUGUAUGGAUUUUGGUUUAAGGGUCUUUAACGGACCUUAGUUUGCACUCCUUUCUAUGCAGCACUUUUUCAAAUAAAUUUCAUUUAGUCCACCGGUUGUGCAUAUUUGUUUUAAUAAAAAUAUUCUUCAGUUUU